AUGGAUUAAAUAUAGUAAGCGCAAAUAAAAUGCUCAAAUCAUACCGACAAGUAAGCAACUCAUUUAUUUGUCUCUCCUCCAUUUAGCUUUAUAACAGUUUUUACUUGCGAUAUAUGUGCUAUAUCAGAUGAGUAUUAAACUUUUACUAAAUUUGCAUUAAGCGUAAUAAUGGAAGAAAAAAAAGAUUAUAUCAUUAAAGGUUUGCCAUACCUUUCAGAACCUGACUCUUUAAAAUAAUUUGCUGAAAAAGUCAAACAACUAAAGUCUGAUCAAUCUGCUAGAUAAGAAUAUUAUAAAUCAAUAGAAGAUCUUAUUCAUAGCUACACAAAUGACUUAAUUGAAGCGAUGUAAGAAAUAAAAAAGAUUUAUUUAUCAAAAUAAGAUCUAUUUGAACCAAGUGAAUUUUAUGAUUUUUACUUUUAAAUAUCACAAAGAGAAAAACUUAAAAAUAUAAUUUAAAAUACAAACGAUUAGUAAAACUUUAACCUUUUUAACUUUUUCUUCCAACUUCAUUCUUAACAAUACUCUAACUAAUAAAUUCUUAAGCAAAAACUGGAAAUACUAAAUAAAAUUUCAUAGAAAAAGGAUAUAAAUCUUUUAAAAAAGGAGUUAUAAUAAAUUGUUAAUGGAGUAAAGAAUUUAGCUGAUAGAUUAAAAACAGAUCUCUAAGUCGAUAAUAUUUCUCAAAACAAUAUUUAAUAAAAAAAUCAAAAUAAUUAAAUUAUUGUGUAGCAAGAAGAAUCGAAAUAAGAUAACAGUGAGAAUUUAAAUAUCAUAAAUAUAAUUGAUAACAAUACAAAAUAAACAGUAAACUAAAAUAUUAUAGAUAAGAAUAACAAUGUUUAAUAGCAGUUACUAAAUUACAUUUCUGUUAAUGAUAAUCUAAAUCAGAACUAUAAUAAUAUAAUUAAUAAAAAUUAAAAUAUUUAUUAUAAUGAUAAUAACUUUUAAGUAGAAAAUAAACUAAAUUUUUUGUGUUAAUUUGAUAAUCAAAAAGAAAACAAUAAUCAUUAACCUUAACCAAUAUAAUUUAAACGAUAUAUCUAAACAGAAAAUAUAAAUAACGAAUAAAAUACAUACUUACUUUAAGAAAUGGUUUUUAGAAGGCCCUUGUAAACUGCAAAUAAUGGUGAAUUAUAAAAAAAUAACAACUAUACUUACAGAAAUAAAUCUAUGAAUCAUUAAGAACCAGUUUAAUGUUAAUUUGCAAAAGUUAUAUCAAAGAAUAAAAAUAAUACUAAUUAAUAAAUGCCUAACUAAGUUAAUUAAUUCAGAUAAGAUCAAAUGUUAUAGAUCAACUAGAACAAUUAAGACAAAAUUAACAAAAAUAAUAACCACUAACAUAAGAAUAAUACAUAAUAAUUUAAACAAACAAUUAUUUAAUAAAGAGAAGAAAUAAUUGAGAAAAAAGAAAGCAAUGGUAAAAAAAUUUUUUUAAAUACUCAACAAAAAAUUUUAUAAGAUAUAAUAAAAAUGUCCCUCAUAGCUUACAAGCAAAACUACCUGGGGAAAUUAGUUCUAGGGGAAAAAUAUAAAAUCCUAUCUUAAAUUAAAGAAGAAGAGAUAUAAAUUGGAGCUAUUGAUUGUAUUAUAAAUAAAGAUAUGAUUAACUAAAAAAUAAAAAUCAUAUUUCAAUUUUAAAAAACUAGCAUGUUUUAAGCAAUUGGUUUAAUCAACCAAGAACUCCUUUUAAAACAAAAAAAUAGAGUUUCAUUUCUAGAAGAUUGCUAAUAAUAAAAUUUAAUAUCGAACAAAGGGUUAUGUGCUUUAAAAUAAGAAUUUGUAGAAUUUUAAUUUGAAUCGAAUUAAACUAUAGAAAUUACUUUUAAGGAGAAUGAAAUAAAAUUUUAUAAUAGAACAACAAAAAAAGGUUAUAACUAGAAAUUUUCAUUCUAAGAAAAAACAAUUUACCGACUAGGUUUUAUAUUAUCUGGUUAAUCUUAAUUAUAAAUUAUUUGA